ACUGCAAUCGAUCACUGCAAUUUAGCAAGCCGUACGCGAACAAUGUCUAACGCAAUUGUAAUAUUUUCAACAAUUAUUUUAAAUAUAUGUGAACCUCAAAUUUGCUUUGAGACACAGAAGUACUCCUACCUGAGCAACGGCUUCAACGAGAUAAUACUAGACAGCUGCGAAGCAAAUGUGGACCAGGACAGAUUUAAAACCAAUAGAUAUUUCUAUGAGGUAUCAUCUUCACCAGAUGAGUGUGAACCAUCUCAGGAAUCCGUCUGCAAUAUGAACAGUGUCGAGGAAACAUACAAUGAAAGUGAAAGCGAGGAAAAAACUGACGAGAAAAAGAAAGGAGAUGAUACCGGUUUUAUUCUGACUGUGAUAUUAAUUUUAGUUUUUAUCUGUGCUGCCGAUAAUGGCGGACGUCGCAAUUAUAGAUAAGGUUAUUAGAGAACUACUUAUGUCAGUGUACAAUAAAUAAAUGUAGGUUUAUUAUAUACCAUUUAUAAAUAUGCAGAAGUGUGUAGGCGAAGAUAUAAGAGACUAAAAACUCAAUUGGCGAUGUUUACCGCAAGUUUUUUCAUCUAAUUUGUAUGUACUUUUUUGUGAUGAAACGGUAAUAAUAUCCAUAAAUAAGUCA